CCAAAACAAACAGACAACCAAGGUAGCCUGAUUUGAUUCUUUCUGGGGCGAACUUUCUUGCCUCGUACAGUGUUGGUUAGAGCUUCAGAGAUUCAUCACUGCUCAGUACAUGACCGCAAGCACACUAUUUUACCCAAGACAAAAAACCCCUACACGCCCGCACGCUACGACACCGGCCUUAGUGGAUCGGAAGUUCAGUCUCGCCACUUAACAACCAGUCAUAUACCCCAUCAAUUUUAAUCCCAAAAAGGUACCAUCACCCAUACAUACCUAAGACUCUUAAGACUCACAGCCUCACCUCACCUCACCACCUCACCUUUUUCCCAUGUACCCAAAUAAGAGUCAAAUGUUAACUUCAUCUUAAAAGAAAGGCUUUAUCUGUCUAUCUGUCUAUCUGUCUAUCUCCUAUCUUCGAUCUUCGAUCUUCUCUCUUACUUAAAUAUCCAUCGUGACUUUUGAGUCGUAAAGGAUCGAAUAAGAGAAAAAGAGGAAAGAGGAAAGAACAGACGCAUACUUCGAGCGUAAACUUUCUAUUAGUGUCUCGGUCACCUUCGCAAUCUUCGCCUCUCCAGAUCAAAUCAACUUAUUAUUACAAACACAUUACUCACUCCACUCAAUUCCUUUGUUCAAUGACAACCAUCGGUUUAUAACCCUCGACUUUCCUUUAAUACAAUCACGAAUACAAACAUACGCCAACAACAGCACAACGAUAUUUCGAAUGCUUCACUUCACCAUUUUAUAAAAGCAUAGUUCCACAUCAACUACGCUUCCUGCCCUUUUAUCCAAAGUAGCGGCCUUCGAUGGGACGCUGGUUUACUCAAUAAACUAGCCCACCAUUUAUCAUAACAGUUACCAUUUCACUCGUCGGAAAGGUCAACAUGCUCUUAGCUCCCACAACUUUUUCCCCAGUCGCCAGUCUUACAUUGUCCAAAUCUACCGGUUUUAUCGUUCCUGAAGAAAUCAUCACCAUCUCUUCUUCAAUCUAGCCUUGCCCUCCUCCUACCUCGAUCAUCUAGCUCUGCAAUAACGAUAGUGUUCUUGCGCGAGCCUGUAUCUAGUCAGAAGGUUUCCUAGGGACAGUCUAUAACGGUAUAAUCUUGAUUUUGGCUUUGUACAGACGGCGACUGGAGUUUUAUUCCCAAUAGAACUUUUUUUCUUUCCGAUUUACAAAAUACACCGAAGAUGAAUUGCGGCGAAGAUGAUUCGUCGCCUUACACCCCAUUCCAUAAUGGUCCUUACAGUUCUUCUAUAGCCUCGUCGGCUUCUUCUUCUACUUCUUCAGUGUGGUCGGAUGCAGCCUCGCAGUCAUCCGACAGCUCUUCUAUUACAAGCGCAUCCUCCGAUUCCGAACCACCUUAUUUCUGCGCAAAUCAACUACCUCCUCCUAUUACAGCAAUCAACAUCUGCGAAAAACAUCCUACUAUAAAAUUUUGGCCACAACAAAGGUUACCGGCGGAAAUCGCCCCGGAAGCAAGGCAAAACCCAAGGAGGACCAGUGUCGGAUCCACCACCCGCACAGGACGUCCACCAACUUUGAUACGUCAAGCUGAUCGAAAGGUCAAUUUCGUCGACAGCCUCGUCGGUAAGCUUAUUAUGAAUUCCUGAUUAUCCCCAAGUUUAUGCGCUCAACCAUUACCUCCAGAUUCGUCGGCUUUGAUUGUCGAAGCGAUAUGGCCCCUUUCAACUGUCGCUUGUAGAAGCGAAAUGGGUAAAGGUGUUCUUCCUUUGCGUAUCUUCAUCCAGGAAACUCUGAGACGAUCAAGGACUAGUUACUCGACUCUUCAAGUCGCUUUGUACUACCUGAUUUUGAUCAAACCUUUUGUACCGAAGACCGAUUUCACCAUGGAGCAACCGGAUGAUACGCAAUCCUUCAGAGCUUUACAGUGUGGUCGAAGAAUGUUUUUGUCUGCGCUUAUUCUCGCUUCCAAAUAUUUGCAAGAUAGAAACUACUCGUCACGCGCUUGGAGUAAGAUUUCUGGAUUACCAACUUUAGAAAUUAACCAAAACGAAAUAGCCUUUCUCCUCGCCGUGAAUUGGGAGUUACACAUCACAGAAAAAGUCUUUCAGCGUUGGACUGACAUUGUUCUCAACUACACACCAUCGUCGCAACCUCCAUCCUCGGGCGCUUCUUUAAGUAUUGCAGAACAGUCGGUCGAAUGGAAAAGAAUUGUUCUACAGCUCAACCCAGAGUUGGACAACAUUAAGGAAAUUACAGGACCUUCUCAGAAAGAAGUUUGUGGUCUUCCGCUAAGACCUUUCACGCCAUUGUCUGCCUAUCAUUUCCCUGGUUCUAAUGAAUCUACUUCGACCCCGAAACAAUAUUCUCCUAAUAUCAUGGAGCCAUCACCUUCGGUUGCUUGUCCCACCAGUAGACCUGCACCGGCUCUCGGUCUUCUCCCAACACCACGAUUGACUCCCCAGAGCUCUGGAUACAACACUCCUGCUGUGAGUGCUGCGUCUUAUAUGCUCGGCAAAUCCUCGAUGAGUCUCGCCAUGACACAGACAAGCUUUUGUGGUCCCCAAGCAACUGAAAAGUGGGCAACUCAAUUGACCUCAUCUCCACAAGGAUAUUCUUGUAAUCGUCGAUCAUCUUUGGCCAAUUCCGUCUCGUCAAUGUCCUCACCAGAGUCAAUGGUUUCAGAUACUUCAUCAAGAUCAUCUCGUUCAUCUUCAAUCUCAUCUGCAUCGUCAUUGACGAGUGCGCCGGUCUCAGCAAAGCUGGAUGUCCUUGCGCGUUGUCGAUAUGCGAAGCUGUGUAGUAAGAAGCAGAAUAGAAAUGUUAUUGUGACAGUAUCGGAAAUUUGUGGAAAAUACGAUGAAGUUGUGGCCGAUGCGGCGGAGAAAGCUGCAGAAGCGGCACGUGCUUUACAACAAUUGCACAGUCAACCAAGAUCCACAGAUUCGCCUAACAGAGCUGGUGCUAAAAGAAGUAGGACUCAUUCACUUGAUGUUUCUCUUCAUGAAAAUGUACGAGAAUUAUUGGCUGGGAGCGUGGUCCGCGACUCGGAAUGUCUGGCUGGUUUUGUCAAGUCAGAUGGACAGAUUGGUGCGCAAAUAAUGCCAAUAGGUUCAUCUGGGAGGAAGAGACUUUGCUGUGCAACAGAAGCUGCUCGAGGACUUGCUCAAUCAAAUGUUUACCCAGUUUUUAACCGCCCGGGGAUGUGGGAUGGAAUACUAAAUUAAUACACCUUACCGACUUAUACAUACACUACAAACACACUUGUCAUAACAGAUUUUCUUUUUCGUCUUGUCUUUUUUAGCUGGUUUGCAAAAGAGACGGUGCAAUUAUCACAUCUUCAACCCUUUACACAUCAUCACAUACCAUGGGAGUUGGAUUUUAGAUGGCGGGGUUGCAUUACCGUUGAUCAUUUUAUUGCAAAGCUGGAAUUCACAUCAAUGGUACCUAGCUAAUUUUCAUGGAGAUGGGGAAUAAGGGGAAGGAAAUUGGGGGCAUAUAUCGACAGGUUUUUGGGGAUGCUUGUACGAUGGUUGGCGAAUGCUGGCUUUGUUUUAUUGGGGAUGGAAGAAUAAAGGGUGGAAUAUAUGCUACGCGAGGGGAAUUUUAUAUCAAACAUUGUGAAAUGCAGGUAAGGGGAAGUGGGAUGGCGUGGAUAUGGAAUCGGCGGAGUUUUUUUCUUUUUUACCUUAACUUUUUAUUGAGUCAUUACAAAUAUGGUAUGGAUGGAUUUGAGCUUGAAUGAGUAGGGUGUGUUGAUGUGGUGAUGAUGUGUGGUGAAAGUUGAAAUGGUGGACGUGAACUGGAUGUGGACGUGGAUGUGGAUGAAGGUGACGAAGAUUUGUCAGGUCAUAGGCAAAUGUUCAUACUUAUCGUAUUAAAUAAUUGAAUAUGCUUGAUCAUUGGAUCUUGACGUA